UUCAUAUUGAAUAGGGUAGCAGCACAUUGCUGUGUACCUUGUGUACCUAAGCCCCUUAAAAAAAAAAAAAAAGACUUGUCACCACCUUACUGCCCUAAUUCUCUCGUUUUAUCAUUUUUUAUAAGCCUAUAAUAUAAAGCUCCAUUACUAUAUUGCAGUAGAAAUGGGUCGGCAGAUACUGAAGUGGGUAUGGGUGUGGGUGCUUGUGGUCGUGGGCGGGCGAUGGACAGCAAGUGAGUGCAUUGCUGAGGAAGGCCGGACUGUCUUCUUGAGGACAGGUGAUGCUGUCAUCACUCAGCUUUUGCCCCUCCACCAUGGACCACACUGUGACCAGCUAGGGCUUACAGAGGUGCAAGUGUUGGAGGCGACUAAGCUAGCUGUCCACCGAGUCAACCAACUGAAUCUUGUUGCUGGUGUCAAGUUAGGUGUGAGAAUAGUGGAUACCUGUGGUGAUCCAAGCCUCUCUGCCCGGUUAGCUCUGGCUGCCUGGACCACUGAUGCCUAUAAUUGUCCCCAGCCUGUGCUCACCCUCGGGUUCCUAGGCCCAGAAGAUGAAGCAUCGGCAUCAGCAAUAGGCACCAUAACCCAGUCUCUGGGUGCACCUGUCAUGUCCUACAGUCCCCGCACAGCAUCUGCCACUCAUACAUUCAACUUCAUUACUUCUGCACCACAUCGCUCUGCUCAGGCGGCAGUCCAUGUGCUGAGUGGGGCAGGUGUGGAUGCCAUCAGCAUCGUCCACACAACAGACACGGAAGGUCAAGCUCUGCUCGAUCAUUUAAUCGUAGCAUCUGAGUAUGCUUAUAUUUGUGUGGAGAUGGUGCUGGAAGAUGGGGAUGCUGUGGGACUGGCAGAGGUGCUUCGUGGGGGACCUGGCACAUUGGUUAUCUUGGGCAGCAGGCAUAGGGUCCAGAGCCUGGCUCGUGCACUUGGAGGUGACCAAAGCCCCAUCGAUUUACUCUUGUUAGUAGAUAGUGGAGGGCCUUUUCCUCAGGUUGAGCUGGCUGGCAUGGAAACACCUGCAAUUAUUCUGCAGCGCACUGUACCCCGCAUCCCAGAACUCGAUUCUUUCUUCAAGCGUAACUUGGAAGUAAAUGAUGAACCACUUCGGCAGUAUCUGGCCACCCUCUCUGAGUGUAAAUCCUGUGAAGAAGCAAGCUUUGCCUAUGACACUGCUGCUAUCUCUGCUAUUGCUGGAGUAUUAGCAUAUGCUGAGGCACUAAGGGAGGUGCAAGUAACACAUUGCAGUGGUGAGACUGGUUUGUGUCAAGGUAUUAGAGCUCUAGCAACUUCUGACUGGAAUGACUUAUUGGCUUCAAAGUCUCUGCAUACAACAGCACUAGCAGCCUUCCCCAGCUUGCCUCAUGUCAACCUCGAACCUGGUAUUGAGGAUGAGCCAUGCUACACUGUCAUACUAAUGGCGAAUGGUACCCUCACAAAGGUGGGCCAAGCAGACGAGUCUUCGGCAGUGCUGGGAAGACUGGUAGUGCCAGAUCUCAGGUGUGGGGCUCACUGUCCCUGUUCCAUUCUCAUCCCACCCUUGAUGCUGCCACCUGCUAGCAACAUCACACAGUCGUCAGGGUUUGAUGUCAUGGGUGGUGCCAAGUGGUGGAACUGGGAAGUGCCUAACCUGAAGAAGAUGAGCAAGAGGGAAUUAAUAGUCUAUUUCGCUGCUUUCCUCAUGCUCAACAUAAUUUUCUUCUCCUCCUGCGUAGCCUGCCUUGUUAGCAUGAACAAGUCCUCAAGACAACAAUAG